AUUCUCACCGCGCAUUUGCGGCUCAGGGAGCACACAGCUCGGCGAUCGGCGGUGCGCUGUGUCCCUCGGACACAGCGGAUAACAGAUCCACGGAAAGAGCCGAAGAUGUCGGCUCGGUCAUGUGAUCAGCUGUGUCCAAUCACAGCUGAUCACAUAAGUGCCACCUGUCAGUGUCCAUCAGUGCCAGCUGUCAGUGCUGAACAGUGCCACCUGCCAGUGUCCAUCAGUGCCACAUCAAUGCCACAUAUCAGUGCCUACCAGUACACAUCAGUGCCCAUCUGAGCUGCCUUUCAGUGUCACCCAUCAGUGCCAGUCAGUGCUACCUAUCAAUGCCAAUCAGUGCCACCUAUCAAUGCCAAUCAGUGCCACCUAUCAGUGCCAGUCAGUGCCGCCUAUUAG